AGUAUAGGGUUACCAAGCCAGAUCGGAGGAAGGAUGGGAGUUGAUGCCCUAAUGGCUUAAGGAGCGUUCUUGGACAGCGAAAGACCACCACCGCCAUCACAACAGAAGGAAUGGCGUUCUCAUCUUUCCGAGCUGUGCUUCCCUCGCCUCAUCCUCCGGCCGCAAAAGACUCCGAUGUCGUCGGAAUCGCCCAAAACAAGUUCCGGGCGACUAACAAAGUAAACGAAGUGAAGCUGGUGGGUAGCAUAUCAAGAAGAGAUGCAAUGUCCUGCUUGUUUGCCACCUUGAUGGCAACAUCAGCACGCAGUGACCCUGCCGAAGCUCGUUCCGUGAAGCCAGAGACCCGAAGAAAAAUCAGAGAGAAGCUCAACAAGCUUCGGGAGAAAGCAGGAGUUCCAAAGGACAAGACCGCCGCUAACCCUAAGAACAAGGAAAACCCACCAGCAAGUCCUGAGGACAGACUGACUGCACCUUUGGUUGAGGCAACUCUGUGAAGUAACGACUUCCAACAUCACUUACUGUUGCCUUUAUGCUCUGUAUAACCUUUCAGUCUCAAGUACUUGGGUACUUCAGAUCUAGUAUGGUGCUUUUAUCCUUCUCUAUCCUCAGGUAAAUGUCUUUAAAGAGCAUGAAUGGUAUUGCAUGUUGUUAGUUGAUAUUAUCUUUCUGAACAAUCUGGCCUUGAUGCCAUAUAUCUUGGCAAUGAAGCACCUCACUAUGACUGCCUGAUAA